UUGUUAUACGAUGAAGGAUUGAGAUGAUAAGAAUUAAUCCAUUUUUCAAAGGCUUUAAACAAUGCUUCUGUAAGAAACGGUCCUACCUUGUUCCUUGGCAAAUAGACGAGGAAAUUCGUGCUUCAUCGGAAUUGAGACCUCCCGUGGGAAUUUAAACCGUAGACAUGUAUUCGAUGGACAAUUUGGACAUGAUGAACCGGCAGUACAUGUACGAAGCGCACAGUUUUUUGGGGAAUCCUGCGAUUCCUUCGUUACCGCCUCAUUGUGGAGCUCCUACGACGGCAAUGCUUCCAACAAUUCCUUCUCAGCUUCCCUCUCAUCCACCAGGAAGUACAGGAAGCACCAGCGGCAGCGAAGUUUACCUGUACGAUGAAAAUAGCAGUGAUAAUGAGAGCGUGUACAGCAGCGACCAGGAGAAUCACACGAGAGAUCGAGGACGAAGCAGUAGACGAAACGGAUCAGGAAAAUGCCCUCGACAAGCCGUGCAACAACGACAGGCCGCAAACAUGAGAGAAAGACGUCGGAUGCAGAGCAUCAACGAUGCCUUCGAGGGCCUCAGGGCCCAUAUACCCACUUUGCCGUAUGAAAAAAGACUAUCCAAAGUGGACACUCUGAAAUUGGCGAUCGGGUACAUCAAUUUUCUGAACGAGCUCGUCAGGGCCGACAAGGGGAACGACUCUCUCACGGGAAAUGGCGGACUAUCGAGAUGCUCCGGAAGAGACGACUCUAAGAAGGUUAUAGUCCGUGGCAGUGGCGGAAAUCCAUUCAUCUCGCACUCUCUGUCCUGGUCCCGGAAGUCGGAUAUUUCGCCGAACGGGACGAUGUACGCAAAAGUCUGGACACCGGAAGACCCGAGGCUCGCCAAAGGAAGUUCCGGAUUCGUCGAGUAAACAUUCCGCUCCGCGUUGUUAAACGGUGGAAAAUUAAUUAAUUUAAUAUUUGCCGCGUGUGCGAAUGUGCAAUCAUACGGACACCGUGAAUUAAUGGCACAGCAAAGACAUUGGUGAUCCCAGAGUCAGAUUACCAAGAUUAUCCUGUUAUUUAGUUUCUAAGGUACCCAUCUAGUCAUCGAGUCAUCGAUAACAUAACGAGUCUAGUCCUAAGAGAUGAUACAACCUCAAGUCUAUUCCUAAGAGGUCUAAAACCAUACACACGUAUUACCAAGUACCGUCUACUUAUUGAUUUUCAUAAUUUAAUCAAUUGGACUGAUCGAUCCCAAUGAAAGAUCGCGAGAUACAUGUCUGUUAUAGAAGCAACAAGAGCUUCGCGAGGUUUCUAGUCGAUUUCUUGAGAAAGUGAUUCACUCAAGCGUUUAGGGAAUAAGUGAAAAAAAAAUAAAUCAAUUCUGAUAAUUAUCUGUAAAUAGUCGUUUAGACAUUCUAAGCAAAUACCAUUUGUACACGAAUUACUAUUACCGG